AUGUCUGGAGACGCGGAAAGCAAUUCGCUCUUCUUUUUUUCCGAAUGCGACGACGAUGACUUAUUCGGUGGAGAUGGGGAAUUGAAGAAGGCUAGCAAGCGGGUACGGACUUUGAAUGCAUAUUGUAGAGAUCCAAGACGUCCCAUUGUUCUAUAAUGUUUUGUGUGAAAUCUUCAUAUCGAGUACUUUGUUUUUUCAGUUGAACACUUUUUUGUACGAUCACUCCCUGAAGAUGGGGCGAUAGUUUGGAACAACUUUCGAAUCCUAACUUCCAAGCGCUACAGUACCCCUAGGAGUGGUUGUACAAAAAAGUUGUCAACUGCAAAAACAAAGUACAAGUUACAGUCUUUAUUUUUUUAGUUGACAUCUUUUUUGUAUAAUCACUCCCUGGAGUACUGUAGCUCUUGGAAGUUAGGGAACCCGAAAUGCAUGCACAACUAGUGCUAACUUCCCGGAGCUACAGUACUUUUGCGAGUACACAAAAAUUGUCAACUGCAAAAAUGAAGACCUUGAUAUAAAGAUUUUACAAAACAUUUUCUAAAACGAUAUAAAUACGUAUUCAACUAUUGCCGCGACUGCAUGAUUUCCAGGAAAAGCUGGAACUUCUCGAGUUCAUCGGUGGAUUUGAGCGAUGGGAAGAGAUACCGAACGACUGUAAAAAGCGCGUAAUCGAGUUUUUGGACUAUUGGACUCGGUAACACACUCUUCAUUUCCUCUUUAAGCCCCCGAACCUUCCAGAUGUCACUUGUCGCUCUGCUCGAAAGAAAACCGUCGUCUGGUCCGAGAUUCCGUGCUUUUCACCUCCCCGGACGCUCGUCCCGAUUCCGGUGGGCUCCGACUGAAACCAUCGAAUCUGGCGGUGCUCUGCAAAUCGGAUUUCGAGCAGAAACAGAUUGCGCAGGCGGUUAUCGAGAAGAUUGUUUUGGUGAGCUUGAAGAGAACGUCUUCUUCGUACCGUCGAAAUCUUUCAGGCAAACGAUUCAAUUAAAGUGUUCACCGCUUCCGGAUUCGUCAGGUCGUGGAAGUUUACGCAGAGAGGAGACGAGUGUACAGUUAUCAGCAAGUCCCAUUUGAAACCAUCGAUAUCUUACUCGAACAUCUACACAGUUUCCAAAGCGAAAUUGGAAGAAGAGCAUGCGAAAAUUGCGAUAAAGAUGCUGAAAAAAGCGAGAAAUGACCUCACAACAUUGGAGAUUUCAAUGAAUUGGGUGAGCAUUGGGUGUAGAAAUUGAAGUUUGCCCAGUUUUCAAGAACAUCGAGAAGAAUGGAUUGCCCAGUGAACUGCCACGUGUCAGGGACCUGGUCCUGCCGGCCGACUACCGCGAGGCCAUGCUCUGGCUCGGACGCCUCGAUCCGGAAUGUGCUCUCGAGCAGCUCACUGUGCAGAGGAACUGUGAAUCGUUCCGUGAUCCGCCCGUUUCAAUCGAGCCAUUCAUAUGUGGACCCGUGAGUUUCACUUUGAGUUUUCAGUGGGAAAUGAGCAGGAUUCAAGUAUCUUGGGUCCAAGUUUUAGACCGAUUGGUGCAUCGAUCAGAUAAUUCAAUAUGGCUGAAACUUUCAAGACUUUCAAGAUUUUGCAAGUGGUUCAAAAGUCCAGCCCGGGCACGGCGACCAAAAACGUAGAAAGGGGCGUGGGGCCUAGCGUGCACGGUUUAUCACCAUUUUGGCGCGAAAUUCGAAAUUUAACCCCAUUUUUCAUGUUUUUCGUCAAAAAUUACCCAAAUUAUGUACGAUUUCGACGAUGUAAUUGCAUACCUUUGUUAAACUAAUCAUCGCGCACUUUUUGAGCUUAAAACGAGCAGGUUUCAUUCAGAAAUGAAUCAAUUGAAUCGAUUUUCAAGUUUUGUGCUGAAAAUGCGCGAAUUUCAGUCAUUCGCCGACACUUUUUGCCGUUUGAACGCUUAAAAUACUUGUAUUAACGUGUGCUUAAUCACUUCCGACACUCACUUCGUCUCAAGACCGAUCCAGAUCGGCCGCUAUGAAAAUUCCGAAAUUGCGGCGGCGAGCGUGUUGCGAAAUAUGUCAAAAACGUCUCAAACGCGGCGUUUUCACGAAAAUUUCAAUGUUUUCUUUCUUUAAUGUCUUCUUUUGUCGAUAUCGAACACAAAAAUAUCGGAAAAGUGCUGGAAUUGCGGCAAUUUUCAGAAAACGCGUUUCAGAUUAGACCACGCCCCUUUCUAAACUUUUGGUCGCCGUGAGCCCUACAAAUAAGCAGAGUUGCCACGGACCGGGCCGGUCCAAAAUUUUCAAAACUCCGGCCUGACCCGGCCCGGUCGGCCCGGUUCAAAAAGCGGGAAUCCAAAUUUUGAACUAUUGAUUAAAUAAAAUGUUUGUUUUUCGUAGAACUAACGAAUUUUGCAAGUAUCGAGCAUAAAAAAGAAAUGUAGUUCUCAAAAAUAGUUUUUAUUGGCAUCAAAGCAGAAGUUUUAAUUUUGAUCCCCGCAAAAAAAACGAAAAAAUAGAUUUCCCCCAAAAAUUUGAAUUCGCGCCUUUUUAGCCGGGCCGACCGGGCCGGCCCGUAAUCUGGCAAGUCUGCAAAUAAGUGUAUUCCAGGUGCGUCGAGCGAAAACCUUGAGAUUUCGGCCCAGAAUUCACAUGGAAGACGUCUACUUUUUGAGCCUCGAAGCGACUCGAAUGAUCAUUCCGACCGAUUCUCUGAGCUACGUGGCGCUCAUGGAGUUCAUUCGGGUACCGCCGCACAAUCUUUUCCAUCUUCUCUCAAUAAGUUUCUUAGAAAUGGUCCGACGACGAGUUGGAUCCAGAAUUCUGUCAAUGCGUCAUUCUGACCCGACACAACUAUCGUCGAGAAAUGAAUUCUGUGCCACAGAAUUUCGAAGCUAUUGAACAUCAAUUCACAUUCUGGAAUAGGUUGGUUUUCCACAAGAUACUGUUUAUUCAAAACGAUGUAUCUCAGCUGUCUGUGGAGAUUUCAACAAGUGAUCUACAGAAAAAAUGUGCACAAUUUCUUGAUAAGCAUUUCAUUCGUUCACAAUUUUUUCAUAUCUCCACAAGCAACUUAGAUAUAUUGUCUUGAAUAGACGAUAUUCGGAUGUCAUUUGAAGUGCACUUUAUUUUCAGUCCACACAGCCGAUUUUUCAAGAAGUUUGGAAUAUACGAUAACUCUGGCGACUUCUACCAAGUUAGCAAGCGCAACGAUCCGUUCAGCAGCAUUUCGGUGUUCGUGGCAGCGCAAUGCGUGGCCAUUAUUCGGACGGGAUUCGCGUGUGUUCGGGACGGACGCCUAGGCACCGAUCUCACAUUUCCCACCAACAUUCUCGAUAUUUACAAUUGAAUUUAAUUCGACGUUUUCUCUGACCUUUCCUUCAUAUCUACUUUCAAUCAUUUCUUAUUUGUAUACCGGAUAAUGUGAGUAUCUCUUAUUAAUUCUUCUACUCCACAAGGCUCUCAGAAUCCGAAUCGGCUCAAUAAAAAAUGAUCGCUGCAUUAAUAUGUCUGAUUUGUUUCGUUUUACACCCUGUCUGGUUGCAAUGCACCGCGCGAAUAAAACCGAGUCGGCGGAGGAUUGAACGGCGUGCGGCGAAGGUCGAAGAACGAACGUCCGCUCUGGAUGGGACGGCGAUGAAUGCGAGCCAGGAGAUGAUGAAAGAGCCGCCGCCGCAGUUGGACGAUGUUCAGAAUAUAAAGAUGGUGGAGCAGGAUGCUCUUCCGCCCACUGUCGAAACGAAAACAAAGUCGAAGACAAAGUCGAAAUUAUUGACGGUGCUUUCGAAGAAAAAGCAGAAAACGCCGGUGCAACAGCAGCAGCAAUCGCCCAAGAAAACGGAUUCGAAAGAGCCGGCGUCGAAGGAAGAAAAGAAAAAGGUGGGGGGAAGUUAGGCCAUGCCUCCCACGGCCAUCAUUUCAGACACCCGAGAAGGUCAAGUCGAUGACGGCGACUGCGGAGGAAGAGAAGGCAGAAUCGGGAAAGAAGACGCGGACGAAGACGACGGACGACAAGACGAAGAGUGUGCCGAAGUGAGUGCGGUGAAGCUCAUUUGGCGCAAACGGGGAAAUUGCAGAAAGAAAGGACGACAGGAAGAGUUUAUGGAGUCGCAAGGAGAGGAUGACACGUUGAAGUGCGUGAAAAGCAUCGCCUGA